AAGGUUCCGGCGCGCUCACAGUCUUCUCAGUCACACGUUGAGCAUCCUGAGGCAUCGCGGGGUAACCGAUUCACCACAUAAACCAUAUGAUAUGGCAUGUUUUUUUCCGUAAAUUCGAGUUUACACAAAAUAGUAAAAGUUAAUACCCUCAGGGAAAAUACUACGCGUGUUUCUGAAAAAUUGUGUAAGUACCCAUUAGAGAGUGGAACGAGAUUGUGACGUCACACGACGCGAAUUUCACACAUACCUACAUUAUAAUAUCAUCAUGUGAACUGUACAAAACGGCAGUAUUUUUACUCUGCAGUAUUUGCUGAGUAUAGUAUGUACAGCAGUAACAGAGUACGUAGGGACAGAGAAACCUCUCGAAACCCUUUUACACUUUAUUUACAAAAAAAAAAAAAAAAAAAACUUUUCAGCUUCUGUCACUGAGAUGCGCUUCAAAUGCACUGUAAUCUGAAAGGAAAAAAAAAGUGUCCCGUAGACUAAAACGAGAGAAGUCAGGCCGUUCCACAUGCAAGAGAAGUGUUCGUGUUGCAGCGCUAAGCUCGGACGGGGACAAGAACGACUCGUGGACUCCGUUCAUUGCGGACUUUACUGGAACACUACAAGAAAAUACUGUCGUCCGGAGUCCCUUCUUCAAAGACCUACACGCCAGUCAAUCGUCGAUUGGCGACCUUUCUCCGUUCACAGUCACCCUAUUUAUAUUCCCUGUAAAUCCCCGCAGUGGUUGAAUACCUAAUUCCAUUUUUACCCACAACACAAAUAUUUACAAUAAACUCGUUUUCCCGCUCAAACUCCAGUAACGCGGGUCGUUACAAUAUUAAUUUAGACAUUCCAUUUCGCGUUUUCCUGCUGAACAUUUUUUUUUUUCAAUUAUUGCUCUCUAUAUUUUUGAUUAACUCAUUUUAGAAAACAAUUUCCAAGGCCACAACGGGGAACGGCACAUUUUUCAUCCAAGGCAACAAAAAUGUUAAGCCGGACUACCAAUCGCAUAGUAAGCAGAAUACAAAUAUUUCUCUUUUUUUCCCCACAAAACGCUUUAAUCAAAACGGAGUGGUCGCUAUUCUUCAUACUGUGCGUUUAGGCAGUCCACAGGACACCGUCUGGAAAUAUGAAGUAAAAUAUCAAUUUAUAAAGCAAUUCUAUUUAAAGUGCAUUCAGUGUAGUGUGUAAAAGGCGGGAAGAAUACUGGCACACCAUUGGUCGGAACAUAAUCAAUUCCCUCGUCAGUAUAUGGCGCUUUUGCGCUUGCUUUUAUAUAUACAAGCAUUUUAUAUUAAAUAAUAUUCAUAUAUUUAUAUAUGUAACGUUUUUUAGUCCGUUACAAGUAGCAAGCAAAAAGCGUCAGUUGUGACUUAGCAGCGCUUCACUUGCCGCAGCCUGACGUGCAAAGCUGCAAGGGCUCCGAUUUUAUUGACAAAGUCACACAUUUGUUUGCACAGCGCCGCGGCUGCAAACGAGUAGAUUAUGCCCUGUUAGCUGCAGUAUCAGAAACUAAACGAAAUAUUAUGCGUUCAAAAGAGGUAUGUCAUACAUUCAGUUCACUUUUUCAUUUUCAGUAGCACCGGCUUUUCUUGCGGAAUUUAACGACUGAGUUACCUACUAGCUACCGCCACGUAGUAGAAGUAAAGAAAACUUGGAGGAAAAAUGUAAUGUAUUGAGGUGACUUUUCGAUGUAUUGUAGAUAUGUGGAUUUCCCUUCCAUCUGAACAAUUACAAUAAGCGAGAAGUGUGGCUUCCCAGUAACAUAAAGCCUUUUGUCGAAAAAAAGCUCAGUUCAGUGCAUCGCCUCAGGUACAUAAAGCUGCAGGAUUUUUACUGAAAAAUUGGAAAGGGAUUUUUGUUGUAUUUAUUUUGUUAUAGUUAUUCAGCAGGUAUUUUUUAAUAUGAUUUGAUCUUGAUUUUUUUUAUGAAAAGACUAGUAAGAAACAGUGAUUUGGGGCCAUGGGGGACAUUCUUUCAGGCCCCUGAAUGUUGAGAAACAUAGCUGCUUGUAACCCACCCAGUCUGUGUCUGAUCCAGCAACAUAGAAGAUAAGAGCAGCUUUAGGUGCAAAGCCUGACAACCUGGAGUGGUCCCACCAGACCUGAACCAGUGACCUGUGGGCUCUGGUUAGAGCAGCCAGCUUCCUGUGCAAUGAUUCAGCCCUCUGUCUGGAGGAGAUCAUGAGGUUGGAGGCGGUGGCCCGAAGGUGCAUCAGGGCGCGCUUCAACAUGGGAGGGAGAUCUGCAGCGGACCAUGUGACCACGGCGGGAGGUGGCUUGGGGGGGUAUCAGGAGAGAUUAAAUAGAAAGGACUAUAAUGGGUCCCCAUGGUAUCAAUCGUGCAGUACAGCGUCUGGAGUUUACAGACUGCCGGAAAGGACUGGGUGUGAAAAUCAUUGGCGGUUAUAAGGAGCUCACCGGUGAAGAGUAUGGAAUAUACAUCAAGAGAGUGUUACCUUGUGGUGUCGCUGCACAGGAUGGUCGACUAAAAUCGGGGGACCUCAUUUUGGAUGUGAACAACAUGAGUUUAGGAGGGGUGACAAAUGAAAGGGCUGUGGAGAUCCUUCGAAUGGCUUCCGCCUCCAAUCACAUGUCCCUCCUGAUUGUGCGUGACGAGGAGUCGAGGAAGGAGUUUCUGGAGCUGAUGGAGAAGUACGGCUCCAACAGCAGCAGCGUGGGCUCUGGAAGGAGCUCUCCAACACUGCUCUCCACAGGGAAGCUGACAGACACCACAUCGUCCUCCUCCUCCUCAAGGUCAGCCAGCCCGCAGCUUCAGAGCCCAAAGGAAGCUGGCUACCCAAGCAGUUCCUCAACCCCCACGGCUCCCACUGUUCCUCAGGUCUUCAAUGACACUGCCAUUCAGUUGAUAUGUGUUGCCAAGGGAACGGGCCUGGGUCUGGUCAUCAGGGGAGGGGCUAACAGAUCUGAGGGACCCAUGGUGUUCAUUCAAGAAAUUGUCCCAGGAGGUGACUGCCACAAGGAUGGUCGACUUAGGGUAGGAGACCAGUUAAUAUCUAUAAAUAAAGAAUCCUUCAUUGGCGUGACUUAUGAAGAGGCAAGGAGUAUCCUGACACGAACAAAACUCAGACCAGACCCCACUGUUGAGAUUGCUUUCAUCCGCCGGAGGUCCUCAUUCAGCUCUGCCAGUAGUCCGCAGAGCCCCAUUGCCCUGCAACCUGCGCCCUCUCUAAACAGCCUGCCCAUGAGGCCCACGGGGGUCGGCGUGGUACAAAGAAUGUCCUGCACCCCCAACCCUGGAGGGGAUACCCUGCCCUCAGUCCAGCUAAAUCAGAUUCGGGGUGUCUCUGUGAAGGCAGAGCAGACUUCUGUCACAUCACCUGAGAGCACCACACCUGCAGAAGCCAGCCCAGAUUCCACGUCUGCCACUCAGACGCCAGGUAGCUCAGUCACUCAGAGGAGGGCAUCUCUGACCCCCAGCAGCCGUUCCAAGCUGGAAAAGCUAGAGCAGGCUCUGGGGUACUUGGGAAUAAAGCCCACAGAAGGACAGCGACAGACACUGAAAGAGCGACUGUGCAUUGAUCCAGCCUGCACUGUCGCCUGUGGAGAUGUCGAGGACGUUACUAAAGAGCUGCUCAAGUUGCAGAGCAACGAGUUCACGGAGUAUCAGGGGGUAACCAGAUUGGUGUCAGAUGAUAUUACAAGCCUUUUAGAUUCACCGGGACACCAACGGGUAGGUCCUAUUUGUUCGUCAGACUCUGAUGACCUUGAGGAGAUGGAGCGAUUGAGAAAAGAGCACAUUGAAGCUUUGAGAGAGAUCAAGAAACUGCAGGAUCAGCUGUCUGAAUCAGAAGGCCUCCAUCAUCAAGCGCAAGAAGAGCUGAAGAAAGUUCGACAGGAAGCAAAAGGCGCCGUGGAGGAGACCAGGGCCCUACGGACCCGGAUCCACCUAGCCGAGGCGGCCCAGAAGCAAGCGCGCGGCAUGGAGAUGGACUACGAGGAGGUGAUCCGGCUGCUGGAGGCCGAGAUAGCCGAGAUGAAGUCGCAGAUCAUCGAUCAGCCCGCGCACGCCAAGGAUGAGAUACAGGACCUUAAAAAGAGAAUCGCUCUGCUGGAAUGUCAGCUGCGCAAAUCAGAGAGUGUGAAGAAGGGGUUCGAGGUCUCCAUAGGCAAGCUGCUGCACUUUGUGGAGAUCAUCCAGGACUUUCUUGCAGAGAACCAAGGCUCCCUUAGAAACUAUUGUCCCACUAGUGACACGACGGUCAGCUCAUCCCAGGUGCUGGUUUCCAGAGCGACGAGAAAGGCCCCCUGGACGGCGUCAGCACUCAUCAUAGAAGCCAGGGAGCUGACCCGCUCUGUGAGAGCCAUCCUUGAGGUGGACUGUAAGUGAACUCAUUGUGCACACUAUGUCCUCUUGCAUGCUGGAAAAAACAAACACACACACACCCCAGACAACCGCCUGACUUCCUAUAGUUCCUUCGUGAGCCAGCUAAAGAGAAUUUACCCUUCUUCUGUUGCAGUUAAACCUACAGUUCCAUUUUGAAGAACUCUUGUCAUUUCCAUUACCUUGUGUUCUGACAGUUUAGCAGGAUUUAGCAGUUUAGCAGGAUUUAUGAUACAUGUCUCUAUGUGUUUGACUGGUUCUGUCUCCAAAACUGAUUAUGGUUUCCUUUUUGUCAUCAAAUGAUAAGGAAGAAAAAGAAUGGUAAUAAAAUCCCAAAACAGUCUUUGUAAUAUCUGCUGUAUAACCUGUUAAUGUGGGAGAAGCCAGCAUCCUGUGCUCUUGAACAAAAACACUCCAUAUAUUCUGUGUGAACAUUCUUCUUACUGCAGUUCCUUAUUUCAGGUAAUGCAGUCUCUGUGUUGACAAAACUCUAUGUUAAACAUUCACUGUGAGUGUUUUUUGAAGCUCUACACACAGUAUGCUGCUGCUUCUCCAAAACUGGUCCUGAAGUUCUGGUCCAGAGCCAGUGGCUGAAUUUUCACCCAUAAUGGUUCAAUGAGUUUCCUGUGUGAGUCCAAGGCCUGGGUCUGGGCUUGUAACCACCACCUACCUGGAGACCCACAAUGCCAUUUGGGCAUUGUGGUGGCCCACGGCACCCUGCAUUGCCACAUUUCCCUUUCGCUGCCAAUCCCAUACUCAUACAGAAUUCGGGUGUGAUCCCUCUACACCUUGAGCCUUUUCAGUCAGGUGGUCAAAGCACAUGAUACAUAGAUAAAGAGUUGCUUAUGUACUCAGUAUCAAAGUGUUGUUGCUAAAAGACAAAUUAAAUGCCAGGAAGGUGCAUGUGCCCCCUUGAUGUGUUUAAAACUCCCAGUAAUGAGCUGCCAAAACUGUAAUGAUUGUUUUCACGGCUCAUAGUUGAUUUGUAAAGGAAGCGAGCCGCUGAGUGUCUGCUAGAUGCAAUUCUGUGGAUGUGCUGCCCGUGAAAGUGGGUCAGUUCGAAAUGGAAGCACAAUGAAAGGUGCUUUUCAUUGUGACCAGUUGAGCUCUGUUGAUCUAAAUCAUUUCAGCAGUGCUAGCGUUGCCUGGAUACAGUGUUUAGAAUGUGAAAUUGUCCCUGAAAUAUCUGUAACGCAUGUAGACUUACAGUUUAUAUACAUAUACACCUGUUCUCAUAUGUCCCUGUUUAAAAGAACUUUACAGGAAAAAAUGACAAGUAAAAGAGCGUGAAACAGUUCACUUUUGUUGAAUUACACAACAAACGUAAAUGUUAUUUUUUUGUGUUUUCGUAAUACAGUGAUAACAUUUCUUG